AUGCACUGCACGUGCUCUCGGACCGGCCGCCACCUGGCCACGUUCACACGUGCGCCUGGGUCCAGUCUGUACACCCUCACUGCUGUGUCACGCUACACCCCUUUGUCUCCUCAGCUGUACGCGUCUGCUCAGGUAGCUACCCAGUGUGAGUGUCGCCGCCUGUCGCAUGACACUCUCCUGUGGCACCACCGCCUUGGUCACCCCUCCCUGCCCCGCCUUCGUGGCAUGCACUCUCGCUCCCUGGUCUCUGGCCUUCCCAGGUCUCUGCCUGCCCUCCCUCCCUCGCCUGCGCCGCCCUGCAUUCCUUGCGUCGAGGGGCGGCAGCGCACCGCUCCUCACUCCUCCCCGUUCUCUCCCAUAGAGUCUCCACUACAGACUCUCCACCUCGACGUGUGGGGCCCAGCCCGCGUCCAGAGGCAGGGCCGCGAGCAGUACUUCUUGCUGGUUGCCGACGACUACACGAGUUACACCACGGUCUUCCCCUUGCAGCGCAAGGCGGAUGUUCCUGCUGUUCUGAUCCCUUGGAUCCGCGCUGUUCAUCUCCAGCUCUGCGAGCGAUUCGAGCGGGACUUUCCUGUCUUAUGUCUGCACUCUGACAGAGGUGGUGAGUUCACCUCCAACUUCUUGACAGCCUUCUGUGCGGAGCACGGCAUCCGCCAGUCAUUCACGCUUCCGGCCUCUCCGCAGCAGAAUGGGGUUGCUGAGCGUCGCAUUGGCUUAGUCAUGGAGGUCGCUCGUACCUCCAUGAUCCAUGCGGCGGCUCCCCAUUUUCUGUGGCCGUUUGCGGUCCGGUACGCCGCGCAUCAGCUCAACCUCUGGCCCCGUGUCUCCUUGCCGGAGACCUCGCCCACACUGCUGUGGACGGGGGAGGUUGGCGAUGCGUCGCAUUUCCGGGUCUGGGGUGCUCGUGCCUUUGUCCGCGAUCUCACCACGGUCAAGCUCUUUCCCCGCGCCAUUCCUUGCGUCUUCCUCCUGACGCGCCUGGCUGGCAGUUUUACGACCCCACCUUGCACCGUGUCUUUGCGUCUCAGGGCGUCACUUUUGACGUGUCCGUCCCCUUUUACUGUCUCUUUCCCUACCGCAUUGCCCCCCCCCCCCCCCCCCCCCCCGCCGCUCUUUCUCGCUCCAGGUCCUUCCCAGGUAGACCCCCUCCCCGCGCCAAGUCCUGCUCCUUCAGGUGUUUCUCAGGUAGACCCUCCUGUGCCUGCGCCUGUUGAGGUCACUGGUGACUCAGGUCCUGCUGGGGGUGGUCCUGCUCGGGGUGCUGUCUCUGGGGGUGCUGCGCCUGGGGGUACGGAGCCCGAGCGAGAGGAGCCUGGGGGUGCUGAGCCUGGGGGUGCGGAGUCUGGGGGUGCUGUGCCUGAGCGUGAGGAGCCUGGAGGUGCUGAGCCUGGGGGUGCCGAGUCUGAGGGUGCUGAGCCUGUGCGUGAGGGGCCUGAGGGUGCUGAGCCUAGAGGUACUGAGCCUGAGCGUGAGGAGCCUGGAGGUGCUGCGUUUGGGGUUGCUGGGCCUGCGCGUGAGGAGCCUGGGGGUGCUGAGUCUGGGGGUGCGGCGCCUGAGGGUACUGCGACUGCUGGUGCGCGGUCUCCUUGGAGUGGCCGCCUUCGUCCGCGUAGGCCUUUCACCUCACAGCAGCUGCACGACUGGUACGGUCGUCGUCAGGGUCGCGCUGCUGGAGCUCGGGGCUCUACUGCUGGAGGUACUUCUGCUGACGUCGCUGGAGCUAGGAGUGGUGCUGGUACUUUGUCUACUGGAGGUGCUGGAGUCGCUGGUCCCGGAGGUGCUCGUACUGGAGGUACUGGAGCUGCUGGGGCUGGAGGUGCUGCGUCUGGGGGUGCUGCUGCUGGAGACACUAAGGCUGGAGACCCUGGGACUGGAGGUGCUAGUUCUGGGGGUGCUGCUGCUGGAGACACUGAGGCUGGAGACCCUGGGACUGGAGGUGCUGGUUCUGGGGGUGCUGCUGCUGGAGACACUGAGGUUGGAGACCCUGGGACUGGAGGUGCCGGUUCUGGGGGUGCUGCUGCUGGUGGCGCUGGUCCUGGAGGGGUUCUUUCUGAGCGUCGUGAGCCUGCGUCGCAUCCUGUCUCGCCUGUUCGUCCUGGUCGUACCGGUCGUCGUGUUCCUCGUCAGCAUCCGUCGGUUGUCCCCGGCGUGCACCUCGUCGCCCUUCAUCCUUCCUCUGCUCCGCAGCGUGUUCCCCUGCCGUCUCCCCCUGCGUCCUCUCUACCUGACGUUCCAGACCCUGAGUCUGACCGGUUUCGUGCUGCACACCCUACUGUCAUGCGUCUGUUAGCCACUGUUGUCAUUGACCCGUCGUUUGAGUCUGCUGCUGCGUCUGCCUUGGUCGCUGAGCUUGUUGACUUUGCUACUGCCUGUCGUCUAGACUACGCCGCUAGUCUUGUUGCUGAGUCUAAGUCUGUCUGUCCUCCGUCCGUCGGGGGUGAGUGUGGUCUUGGCACGGACGUCCUUGAGGACAGGCAUGAGGACCUUGAGUGUCUUGCAGCCGCUGCGCCUCAUCUCGUGGCCAUGCUGCUUGCCUUUGAGGGAGACCCGGAUGCACCAGACAUCCCGACCCCGCACUCUUACGCUGAGGCGAUCGCGGGUGAGUACUCCUCUCAGUGGCAGACAGCCAUGGACGCAGAGAUGGCAUCCUGGAAGCCCACAGGCAUUGCUUUAGCUGAUGUGGCCUUACCUGCCAUUGCCUAA